AGUACCGUGAGUUUCACCAGCUAUGCCCCACCUCGAGUAAGCUUCCCCUGUCUUACAGUUCGAUAAUAAAGAGCCACCCCAUCUGUGUUCACUUCACUCAGUGUCCCCGAAACAAGUAAACCCACUUUUAAGUCCUUAACUAUCAGACUUUCCACUCCAGAGCAUCAGCAUCAGCAGCAUCACACCCCAGUCCCAACGCCACAUUUCGCUUUUCAAGUCCUGCCCUCCUUUUUCCUUCAGAGAGUAACUCGAAUUCUCUGAAGAAAUGAAGUCAACAACGGUGUUCUUGAUUACCACAGCUAUUCUGCUGCUCUCUUCUCCAGAAGCAAAAGCUCAGACCACCAAAUCUCCCCCUCCAAGCCUGGCUCCAGCACCAGCCCCGACACCUGACUAUGUGAACCUCACUCACCUGCUCACCGUAGCGGGCUCGUACCACACCUUCCUUGGAUAUCUCCAGUCCACCAAAGUCAUCGACACCUUCCAAGAACAGGCCAACAACUCCAAGGAUGGCAUCACCAUAUUUGCACCAACCGACAAGGCCUUCUCAUCGCUUAAGGAGCCAUCCCUCUCCAACCUCACCCAAGACCAGCUCAAGUCACUCUGCCUGUUCCACGCCCUGUCGCAUUACUACAGUCUUGCCGAUUUCAAGAACCUGAGCCAAUCGAGCCCCGUCAGCACAUAUGCUGGUGGCCAAUACACUUUGAAUUUCACUGAUUUGUCUGGAGAUGUGCACGUCAAUUCCGGGUGGACCAAUACAAAGAUCAGUAGCAGUGUGCUUUCCACCAACCCCGUAGCAGUGUACCAAGUGGAUCACGUACUUCUCCCAGAGGCGAUCUUUGGUACUGAUAUACCACCAAUGCCAGCUCCAGCACCGAGUCCUGUAGCUGACACUCCCCCGGCUGCUGAUACUCCGAGUGGAGUAAAUGUUACUACAUCUUCACCAUCUUCGUCAGAACAAAAUCAGAAUUCGUCUCCGCAGCUUAUCAGUUUGGGAAUUUGGAGCCAUUUGUUCGUUGCUGUUUCGAGCGUGAUGAUUAUGAUGUCGGGUUGAUAAUGGAGUUUGAUUAAUGAGCUCUUGGUUUAGAUUAAGACAGUAGAAUUGGAUGUGAUUGAAUUGCUUGAUUUGAAACCAUUUUUUUUGGGGAUUUUAUGUUAUUGACGUUGUGUAGGAGAAAGUGAAUUUGGCUAGUGCUAUUCUAUCAGUACGUUUUUUCAAUGCCAUAUUGUUGAUUCAGUUAGUUUGUUCUUGAUGA